GAGAAUCAACGAGCUUCUUGUGAUACUUUUAGGGGAGAAGGAUAUUUCCGUCAAAACGCCUCCAAAUUUCACGCCAUUGAGAAAUGAAACCUAGAAGAUCGACAUCUCUUUCUCUCUGAGGUUCACCGCACCCUCUCGAUCAACCAAAGAGAGAGGAACCAAAAAAAAAAGACACAAAUCGUAGGAAAGUUUCAGAUUUCUGAGAAUCCCAUGGGAACUCCAGAGACUACACGGGAACCGUGUCCCGAUCGUAUUCUUGACGACAUCGGGGGCGCUUUCGCCAUGGGAGCUGUCGGCAGCUCCGCUUAUCAUUUCAUCAGGGGUCUCCGAAACUCCCCCACUGGUGCUCGGUUCGUCGGUGGCUGCCAAGCCGUCAGGAUGAACGCUCCUCGUACCGGAGGCGGUUUCGCCGUCUGGGGCGGCUUGUUCUCGACUUUCGAUUGUGGCUUCGUUUACCUCCGCCAGAAGGAGGAUCCUUGGAACUCCAUCAUGGCCGGCGCCGCCACCGGCGGUUUGCUUCAGAUGCGUCAGGGUUUGGGCUCAGCGGCUCGCUCGGCUGCUUUUGGUGGUGUUCUGUUGGCUUUGAUCGAAGGUGCUGGAAUCAUGUUCACCAAGUUCGCCGAACGACAGCAACAAAUCCCCAUUACGUUUGACGAGCCGCCGCCGAAUCUUUCCGGCGUCCCCGGGUAUCAGACCCAGCUACCGGGCCCUGAAGUGUCUUCUUCGGGUUCGGGGUCGGAUUCGGGUUCGUGGUUGGGUGGGUGGUUCGGUGGUGAAAACAAGAAAGAGUCUCAAGGAUCAUCGAGUAGUGGAAGUGAAACGAAGAUCUUGGAGAGCUUCGAUGCACCCCCUGUGCCAAGUUUCGAGUACAAGUGAAUUUUUUUGGGUGAAGAAAUUGUGAUUUUGAUCAAAUUAGUUCGUUGUUAGAAAGAGGUAUGUAUGGUUUUGAUUUGAGAACCUUGGGAAUUAGUUUUAAAAUUUGUGGGUUUUUUUUUUC